AUGUCGUCCUCUUUGCCCUCAUUCAAGGCCCUUGCGGCUUCGGCCUCGAGAUCAACCCCACGGAUCACCUCGACAUACUCCUCCCUCCGCCCUCUCUCCCAGAUCCAAACCCAGCCGUCAUCAUCAACAACGUCCUCAACCGCCCGAGCCUUCUCAACCACCGCUUCCCGGCCCACAAAGACGGUAAAACCGCACCGUCUGCCCAGCGACCUCAUCCCGCCAUACCCCUACGGCGAGCGCCGCGUCUACAAGCAGUCCAACAACGGCCUCUACGGCAGCGCCCGCAUCCGCUUCGGCAACAACGUCGCCGAGAAGCACAACAACAAGUCCCGCCGCUUCUGGCGCCCCAACGUCCACGUCAAGACCUUCCUCAUGCCCUCCCUCGGCGCCCGCAUCAAGACCCGCCUCACCCUGCGCGUCCUCAAGACCGUCCGCCGCGAGGGCGGCAUCGAAAACUACCUGCUCAAGAGCAAGCCCGCCCGCGUCAAGGAGCUCGGCCCGGGAGGCUGGAACCUGCGCUGGCUGCUCAUGCAGAGCCGCGCCGUCCAGCAGCGCUUCAACGACGAGCGCGUUGCGCUGGGGCUCGAGCCCAGGGAGCUGGAGGACAGGGACGACGUCAUUCAGUAUGCGCUGGAUUACGCCACGCCGGGUCCUUUGAGCUUGCGCAGCCAGGCGACGCUGGCGGAGAUGAGGGCUGCCUUGGACCAGACUUUUGUCCUGGGCGACGAGGACUUGGCCAAUCUCGAGGGCAUCGAGGAGCUGUCUGACGAGGAGGAGGAGCUGCUUCUACGAGAGCUGGAUAGGGCUGAGGAGGCGGCGAGGUUAAAAGGCGUCAAAGCGGAAAAGCAAAGCAUUGAGGUGUAA